AUGACCACAACCAAACUACAUAUCCUUAAACCCAACAGCUUUAACUUGGUUGCAUCAAAAUGGACCAAUCACUGUCCAACUACACCAACCAAACCUCACCAUCAUUGAACCCCGAGAAACGGCUCUUAACCACCUCCAACCCAUUAACAAGCGCCACCAACCCGUUAACACCCACUACCAACCCCUUUACAGGGGCUGCCAAUUCAGCAAUGAACCAGUUGCAGCAACAACUACCACACCAGCAGCACCAACGGCAGCCACUUUUGGGUCGUAUGACUAGCCCAGUGGCACAGCAGCAACUUUUGGGUCCUAUGACUAACCCAGUGGCACAGCAGCUGCUAGGUAUGUCACCUAACCCAAUGCACCAGCAGCAGCUAAUGGGCCCCAAAAACAACCAAAUGCUGAAUUCAAUGAUGAAUCCAAUGCAUACCCCGAGGCAACACGAGCUGAUGGGUCCAAUGCAUAAUCCAAUGAUGCAGCAGCUGAACCGAGGUGAAAGUAACUCGAUUUUUAGCGCUUCGGAUGAUAAUGUUAUCAUGAAGCAAGUUCUUGAUACCCAUCUCCCUGAUGGCACUGAGGUUGAUGUGAAGCCACUUGUCAACAUUGUCGAAGAAAUCCUUAAACACGCUACCAUUAAAGCUGCCAUUGAUGUUGAUGCUUCGACUUCAAUGGUUGCACACACUGAUCAUGUGGGCAAACUGGAGGACAGAUCUCACCAAACCGACACAGUUGCUAUGCUUCACUUAUUGUCACAUACAAUUGACAAGCUUGCUUGUGAGAUGGCCUUCAAGUGCUUAACUGGUGGGGAUGGACACUCAAUAGCUCUUGGACUAUUCCACGACGUAGCGAACUACCACUGGGACGCAAAGCUGGCACUGAUCCUUGCAGCGUUUGCUCUAAACUAUGGUGAAUUCUGGCUUCUAGCUCAAAUCUAUUCAUCAAACCAACUUGCAAAAUCAAUGGCUGUUCUUAGACAAGUACCCAUGAUCAUGGAGCAUUCGGCACCGUUGAAGCCUAAAUUUGAUGCACUGAACAAACUCAUUCACUCGAUCAUUGAGUUAACUCGGUGCAUUCUACAGUUUAAGGAGCUCCCAUCUAUGUAUGUUACUACUGAAGUACCAGCUAUGGCUAGAGCUUUAAGCAAAGUUCCAACUGCUGUUUAUUGGAAUGUUAGAGGGAUUAUUGCUUGUGCUGCACAGAUUACUAGCCUCACCAGCAUGGGACACGAGUAUGGGAUAUCAUCCUCUGAGAUGCAGUCAUGGGAACUAACUUCCUUAGUCCACAAGAUCGAUCACCUGAUUGAGUUUCUCAAGAAACAACUGGAAGAAUGUCACCGUCUUAUAGGAGAGAGGAAGGAGAUGGAUUUCAGACAGUCAUUUAGUCAGAUGUUUGAUACAGUCCAUAUCGACAACAUGAAAAUCCUCAAGAUCAUACUUAAUUACAGGGAUGACCCGCUGCCACUUUUCGAUGGAGUUACUAAACAAAGGGUGAACCUAGAGGUUUUGAGGAAAAGGAAUGUGUUGUUGCUGAUAUCAGGGCUAGACAUGUCCAAUGAUGAGUUGUCAAUUCUUGAGCAAAUUUACAGUGAGUCGCGUAUUCAAGGCUCGAGGAUGGAUACUCUGUAUGAUCUGGUGUGGGUUCCUAUCGUGGACCCGGACGUCGAGUACACUGAGGCAAUGCAUAGACGCUUUGAGGAAAUGAGGAGCACUAUGCCAUGGUACUCGGUCAACCACCCUUCAAAUAUUGACCGGGCGGUUAAGAAGUCCAUUGGAGACAGGUGGCACUUUAGGAACAAGCCUAUCCUUGUUGUGCUCGACCCACAGGGAAGGGAGUUGAGCCCAAAUGCACUCCACAUGAUGUGGAUUUGGGGAAGCGUUGCCUUCCCUUUCACCAUAGCCAGAGAGGAAGCAUUGUGGAGGGAUGAAACUUGGCGGCUAGAGUUGCUAGUCAGUAGCAUGGACCCAACCAUACUCGAUUGGGUAAGAGAUGGCAAAUACAUCUUCUUGUAUGGAGGGGAUGACAUUGAGUGGAUUCGCAAGUUCACAAGUAGUGCACGGGCAAUGGCAAAUGCCGCAGGCAUCCAACUAGAGAUGGCAUAUGUUGGAAAAAGCAAGAAAAAAGAAAAUGUGCGUAGGGCGAUUGCCACCAUCAAUGUUGAAAAGCUCAGUUACUGCUGGCAAGACACUGCCCUGAUAUGGUUCUUCUGGACCCGAUUAGAGAGCAUGUUGUUCUCCAAGAUCCAACUCAAACGCGCUGAUGAUCAAGACCUCAUAAUGCUACAGAUCAAGAAACUACUCAGCUAUGACAAGGAUGGAUCAUGGGCUUUGCUUUGUAAAGGAUCACAGAUUCUGACCAAUGGUCAUGGAUCCACCAUGCUGCAAACCCCUGUUGACUUUGAACGCUGGAAGCCGGACAUCCCCUCAAUCGGUUUUGAUUCAUCAUUUAAACAGUACCAUGAUAAGCUGCAUGUCGAAGCAAAUAACUGCUGCCGAUUUGAGUUUCCCAUUGCAGCAGGUAGAAUCCCUGAAGGCAUGCGGUGCCCUGAGUGCCAUCGGUUGAUGGAGAAACACAUUGCCUUCUCUUGUUGCCAUGACCAAACUGGCCUUCUCGAACACUACUGAUGAAGUAAUGGGAAUCUACCAAUCUGGCAACCUCUGAUGCUGGUGAUAUUAUAAGUAAGCAAAUAAAUAGUGGCAAAUGGUUGUUGUUGUUGUGUUUCUAUUGUACUGAAAUAAGAAUAUAGUGUGUGCUGGGUCUAAACUUAUGUAUAAGUUAGAUCUUUUGAUGUAAUAAACAUAUUUUAUGAAUCUUAAAUAAAGCUUGAAUGCAUGGGAGAUAACUACGUAUCUAACAAUUUUACCAAAA